GACAAACAGGCGGAAGUGACGAGAGCGGUUGUCAUGGGAUGUUUUGGUUUACGGAAGUGUUUAUGAGGCGGCUCCAGUUUUACGCACUAACUUCUGCCCACAGUUAUUUAAAGCUCUUUAUAGUUAACACAUGUUGUGAUAUCCACAAGCUAACACCACUUAGCUUUAAACACGUCUGCCUGCUCCGUGUGAUGCUACCUCCGUUAGCUUCAGAGCUAACAACAUGGCAGAUGUCCCUGCUCCUGGAUCAGUCGUAGUCAGUGACUGGCAUCGAUGUAAAGACAGCAAAGAAUAUUUCAACAAGAUCCUGCACAAGAAACGACGCAAGAACUUCGGCUUGUUGGAGUCUCCAGUGAUGCCCCCGCAUGCAGCUGUGGACACGGUUCAUUAUAAGAUCUUCAUCUCUGGAAAGAGUGGAGUUGGUAAAACUGCUCUGGCUGCACGACUCGCAGGCCGCAAUAUUCCACCUGUGCACUACGAGACAACAGGUAUUGAGACGACCGUGGUGUAUUGGCCGGUGAAGCUGAGAGAAAGUGGACGAGUGCUUUUCUUCCGUCUACAGCUGUGGGACUGUGGAGAGAACGCCUUGCGUAGAUUUGACCAUUUGCUUCCGUCCUGUAAGGAGCAGGUGGACGCCGUCCUUUUCCUGUUUUCCUUCACUGACAGGCCGUCCUUCGAUGACCUGUCAAAUCAGAUUGGGAAGUGGACCGGGCCGUCUGUGGGUCAAGUCGCAAAACUGGUGGUCGGCACCAAAUUUGAUCUCUUCAUGCACUGUGACGUGGCAGAGAGAGACGUGAGGGACUUCGAGGAGACAUGGAGUUUGCCGCUGCUGCGUGUGGGAGGGGAGGUGAGCGAUGGGCUGGGUGACGUAGCUCUGCUCCUCAACUGCCUGGCAGAGCAGCUGUGGCAUCAGGACUGUGUCACAGCUGGAUCAGCCCGCCACCCAUCACAGCAGGAGGCAGUGACUCUUCUCUGAUGCAGAGGAGUUGAGGUGAAAUGGACCCCAGGGUGUCUGCCGCUGAGGGACUGUGCUCCGCAGCUGGUCUGGGAGAAUCUCAGCUCCCUCAGGAUGAGAUGGAGGCAUUAGAGAUGGAUGCUUAUGCUCAAAGGUCUUAACUUCUCAUGGUAUGUUAGCAGGCUGAUGUGUCGACAUCAUGAUCUAAGACCAGAUUCUAUCUGGGACUGAUCAUAUAUUAUAUGUGAUAAAGCUGGAAUACCAUCAUUGCUUAGUCUUUAAAAUCCAGAUUCAGUAUUUAUUAGUUGUUUUGUUGAAAGAAAUAAACACCAAGUGCCUCUUGUUUAGUCA